AUAUUUGAGACGUCUUGAGCGUGUAAAAGUGAGUAAAAACUGUUCUCACAUCCCUCUUUUUGUCUUUAAAUACAUAUUUGAGACGUCUUGCGCGUCUUUUAUUGGAAACACCUUUCUAACCGGCGAUUGCGACUUAGGCGACUAGCGAGACAUGCAUCCGUGGCGCUCGCCGUUCUUUCUUAUCGUGUUGUGUGUCUUCGUACACGUAUUAGUACUGAAAGCCGCAUUUGACAUCUAUCUUUCGAGCCCCAUCGAACAUGGGACUCCAUUUAAAUCAACUGAAAAACCGCCGGCAGGCCGCGCCGUUAUCAUCGUUUCUGAUGGUCUUCGAGCUAAAGACCUUUUCGGGGAAAAGCAAGAAAUGGCAUUACCGAAUUUGACUAAAUUACGUAAAACUCGCGCCUCGUGGGGCGUCGCCCGCACGGAACUUCCGACCGUUUUGUUAGCAGGGGCUUAUGAGCACUCGGCUUCGAUUUUUCUGGGGCUGUCUGGAAAUCGAAACAGUUUUGAUUCGGUUAUUAACCAGAGUACGUUCGCCUGGUGCUGGGGUGGUCCCCAAAUUGCUGAAAUGUGCAGCGAAGAUGACCUAGGCCAUAUUCAUUCCUACGUUUAUGACUCUGCGAAUCCCGAUUUCGGCCUUCGGGUGUACGAAGACGUCGAGACUUUUAUUCUGGAAAGAUCAAACUGUGAGGUUUAUUGUCUGGACUUUAUAGAACGGGGAAACGUAUUUUUCUUGCACUUGUCUGGUCGUGGAUUUAAACCGAACUCAAUGGAAUAUUAUAACAACAUCGGGCUCGUUGACAAAAUCAUUCCAAAGAUCGAGGAGCUGUUUGAGACUGCAUUUCCCGACGAUUCCACCGCGUACAUUUUUACUUCCGGCAGUGGGGUGACAGAUUGGGUGUCGGAACCCGCAAAUGAAAUCCCCUUCAUAGCGUGGGGCGCUGGCGUUAAAACCAUAAACGGACAGAAAGACAUCAAACAGGUGGAUAUUGCGCUUUUGAUUUCAGCCUUAAUUGGUUUAAAUUACCCCGUGAAUUCAAUCGGGACUUUACCGCGCGAUUUGAUUGAUACAUCCAAAGAAAAUUUGGGCGAAAUGUCGCUUUCAAAUGUUCGGCAACUCCUGGAAACAUAUUUGUUGAAAAGUCAAUGGAAGAUGAACAAUGCGUAUUUUCACGGUUUUGACAAAAUAAUUUUGGGUAAAUUUAGGCAAUUGGAGGAUUUGCUAAGUGACAAGAAGUUUGCACAAUUUAACCAAGAGUGCGACCUGUUUAUCGGAUACCUAACCCAAGGUCCUGAAUACCAGGUCUCGAUUCUAAUUUCUGUAACAAUAGGAUUUGCGGCUUUUAUUAUUUAUGUAGCCGUUUUCAAUAUACCUGUACGCAGACAAUCACGGGUCACUACGUCUACAAUAAAAUUCAUACAAAUAUUUAUUAUCAUCCCGGCGUAUCUGAACGUCUUAAUUGUCUUAAAGGCUCAAAAAUCUUCAUUGCUGUAUUACCUAUAUUUCCUAUUUCCUAUUGGUAUGAUACACGCACUUGUACGCCGGUACCCUCAAAUCGUGGCUGCCAUGAAAUACAUCAGGCGUUACGGCUUUAAAAACACUGCCAAAAGGUCUGUUUUGUUUUUGGUUGGACUUCGUCUAUUAGCGGAAUCGUUCUACAAUCGUAUGGCUUUGGCUGUCUUGAUGUUCGUUAUGGGUUUGGCCGUAUAUGUCACACCGUCAAUGAGAAGACAUACAGUGAGUGCGCAAAAAUUGGCUUGGCUUGCAGCAACGGUUUUUUUGGGUGUCUUGCAGCUAAUCCCUGUUACUGGGAUAGUAACUAAAUUUUCGGCUUACAUGAUGGGGUAUGGUUUCUGGUGGAUUACUAUGGAUAUGGUGAUAGUACGUCAGUAUGAACAUCCGUUUUAUAACAUAAAAUUGAUAGAAAUAGUUGAUUUGCAACACUUUUUUGUGAAAUUAACCCCACUGUAUACUAUUGCGGUCCAGUUUGAAUUCAUUGCACACGAUUCAUGGUGGAAUGUUUUUGCAUGGAUUUGGGCCCUUUAUCCCGUUGUUAUUAUACCUUGCUCGUCACAACAUGUUUUCGUACGCCUCACAAGUAUAUUUGUUGCUUUUGCACCAUUUUGCUUAAUGGUGACAUUUGGUUUUGAAAUGUUCUUUUUGAUAAUAUUUGUGCUGGGGCUGUACGCUUGGCUUACGAUUGAGAAUACGUGCUACGGUUACGAAAAAAUUAUGCGGGCGAAUUUUUUGGAAGAAUUUGAGCUCAACCGUAGACUGACUGCUGACGACUUCCGUCGAGGGUUCUUUUUUGUAUCUUUCGUUUUUGUCGGGUUUAUUGGUACCGGAAGCUCCUUUGAUCCAGAGUGGCUGCGUACCACUUUCAUUUCUGCUGAACUGUUUACAAUGGCAAAUUUCCUAUUUUUAAGGAUUCUGAUACCAUUUAUCUACACUAGUUGUACUUACCGGGCUAUAAAUAUUUUUCAUAAAGCAAGCACCCUUACGAUGUUUUGCGCUGUUUUGGUAUUUUUGGAUUUAAUGCUUUUGGAACUCUUUUUUAAUCUUAAUAAUGACGGAACUUGGCAUGAAAUUUCUACCAGGCUUUCAUGCUUCAUCGUUAUGCAGCUGUUUGUUUUGGCACUCAUAAUGUUGCACGGUGUGGGGUACUUUUUGACGACUCUAUUCUAUAGACUUAGACUGAAUUGCCUUUUGUGUCAUUUUUAGUGAAAUUGACCGUUUUUGCAGUUUGUGUUGUCAGUAUUUGUCUUCUUAAAUUAGACUAAAGUUUGAUGUUAUUUUAAAUAAAUUUUGCGUUCUUG